UAGACAGUCGCUGGCCACAGCUGAUUCAAAUGAUUGUUUUGUUGUAAAUAUGUCGUUCGUUUCGCGCCGAUUUCUCCGCCUUUGUACCGGCUCCAGUGUAUUCCUUCGGGGAGUAGGAAUUCAGGAUGUAUGGCUCCGGGGGCACUUUGUCCGCAGUCUUACAACGAGUGAACUUCUUUUCAAAAGAAGGAAAACUGCCGAGGAAAGGAAAUCUCCGAGGAUAAUCGAAUACUCGCCGAAAAAGACUUCCAACAAGCCCACAGUCCAUGGAGUUGUUGAUAUUUGGAGGAACAUAACGGUAAAAGAACUUGCGGAUGCUGUGCAACGACCACUGGAGGACAUUCAGGAGGUGAUGCUGUAUGUGAAAGACGCGGAUGAUAUUGACCCAUCAGCUCGUCUUGAAGAUGUGAAAGUUAUUCGCGAAAUCGUAACAAAAUGUGGAAUGAAAAGUCGAAUUGUUGCGGCUCCAGAUAAAGAAAUUCAUGAAGAGAAAGAUCGCGAUGUCGUACCUCGACCGCCAGCUCCUCCGGAAAAUUUAAAACCACGUCCACCAGUUGUCACUGUUAUGGGGCAUGUUGAUCAUGGAAAAACCACACUUUUAGAUUCAUUAAGAGGUGCUUCUGUAGCUGCAGGCGAAGCAGGCGGGAUAACUCAGCAUAUUGGUGCCUUUACCGUGACCCUGAGUAGUGGCGAGACUGUCACUUUCCUAGAUACACCUGGACAUGCAGCUUUUAGUGCAAUGAGAUCUCGUGGAGCCAAUCUUACCGAUAUUAUUGUUCUGGUGGUUGCUGCUGACGACGGUGUUAUGGCCCAAACCCGGGAAGUCAUAAAAUUGGCACAAGAUGCAAAUGUUCCAGUCAUAGUGGCAAUUAAUAAAGUGGAUAAACCGGAAGCUGAUGUGGAGCGCGCCAAAAAGGAAUUAAUGCAAAUGGGUCUUGCACUGGAAGGACAUGGUGGUGAAACACAAGUGGUAAACAUUUCAGCAUUGAAAGGUACGAACUUAAAAGAGUUGGCUGAGGCUAUUGUCACACAAGCCACUUUGAUGAGCUUAAAAUCAGAAUACUCUGGGCUGGUAGAAGGUGUUGUUGUCGAAUCGAAAAAUGAUAAGCGGCGGGGAAAGCUUUCCACUGCGAUAGUGACUAGAGGUACACUUCGAAAAGGUAGUAUUCUAGUAAGUGGUCAAGCUUGGGCAAAAGUUAGAGCCUUGUUUGAUCACGUGGGAAAUCCCGUAGAUGAUGCAACACCAGGGACCCCAAUUGAGAUUUUGGGGUGGCGAGAACUACCAUUAGCAGGAGAUAUAAUUCUGGAAGUUGAAUCAGAGAAAAAAGCUCAUUCUGUAAUACGAUGGCGCGAAAAUGCUGCACAGAAAGAAAAGGCGGAGAAAGACCAAGAGGCUAUACUAAAGAAAGAACAAGAACAUUUAGAAAAAUACAUUGCCGCGCGCGAGGCACGCAGAUUGGCUGGUCGAUUUAAGAUGCGUCCUGAUGGUCCACGCCAGAAACUCUACGAGGAUGACCCAACUCCCCGAGUCAAUUUAAUUCUAAAAGGAGAUGUACAUGGAUCCGUUGAAGCAAUUUUGGAUGUAUUCGAUAGCUACAACGAACAUGAUAAAUGUCGUCUAAAUAUUGUUCACUAUGGAGUAGGUGAUAUCACUGAAGGUGAUUUAGAACUGGCGCGUACUUUUAAGGCCAUUAUAUAUGCAUUUUCUGUCAACGCGCCUGCAAAGCCACCAAAGCAUGUUACAAUUAGAGAGUUUAACAUUAUUUAUCGGCUAAUCGACGAUCUGAAGGAGGAGAUAAGUAAGAAACUGCCAUCGGUGGAAGUUGAAGACGUCGUCGGCGAAGCGAAUGUCCUACAACAAUUUUUCAUUAAUGAGGGUAGAAAAGAAGUGCCUGUCGCUGGUUGUCGCUGCACGAAAGGUCUCCUGAAGAAGAGCUCAAAUUUCCGCUUACUGCGCAAUGGAGAAGUUCUUUAUGACGGCCCAGUUGAAUCAAUCCGCCAUCUUAAAAAUGAAGUAGAUUCCAUAAAAAAAGACGUUGAAUGUGGGAUUCGUUUGAAAGACGUGAAAGUUGUUCCUCAACCUGGUGAUACUCUACUUUGUUAUACAACACACAUGGAACCGCAAGUGACUAAUUGGGAUCCAGGAUUUUAGAGAGAAGAAUACGCUCGCAGUAGAUUAAGUGAUAAUUUGUUUAUAUUUGUAAAGUGCAAUAUAAAAAUAGUACUACACAAGAUAA